AUGAGGCUGUCUUCCAGCAUCCUUUUUCUUGGUUAGUAUCCCACCUUGCAGGAUGGUGGGGGCAGAGCAAGUGGCCAAGGCGCUGUGGGGAGCUCAGAGGCCCAGCUUCAGAUCCUUUUGCUCAGAUGCCUCACCUCUAACGCAAUCCUCUCCUUUCCAGGGUGUUGGCUGACCAGGCAGUGGCAAAUGGCUAGAGGUGAGUUUGGGUCAACAAAAUAAUCCCAAGAGUGGGAGAGAGGCAUAGGGCAGAAUGGGAGUUCAAUACCAGGGCCUCCCACAAUCAAGCUUGCUUUUCUCACUACUGCUGAAUGAUAAGUGGUAGCUCCCACACUUUCCCUGUAGUGUGCAAGGAUGACAGGUGCAAGUGCCCCACUCUCCUUUGUCUUUAGACAACCUGUGUCCAUCUCAGUUGUCCAUGUGUAACUCUGAAGUUUCUGUAGGAAUGUUAAGGAAGGUAGGAGAGGAUAAAUUUAUUAGAUAUGUUCUUUCCUCGCUCAUGCUGGUGAGCAUAGAGCAGAUCACAUUCCUUGCAGUAAACAACAACAACUAUCAUUAUUAUUUACUGCAAGAAAUGCUAUUAUUAUUAUCAUUAUUAUUAUUAUUAUUAUUAUCCCCAGCCACUCUAGGAGGCUUCCAUCAGAAUAUUAAAAACAGAAUAAAACUUCAGACAUUAAAAACUUCCCUAAACAGUGCUGCCUUCAGAUGUCUUCUAAAAGUCAGAUAGUUGUUUAUUUCCUUGCCAUCUGAUGGGAGGGCGCCACUGCUGAGAAGGGUCUCUGCCUAGCGACGUUUGUUGAUGGCUGGUUUCAGCCUUUUAACUAAGCAAUCCAGGAGGCCCUUUGUGCAGACGCGAUUCUUCCUGGUCAUUUCCCCUUUAUUUCCCUCUUAAAACAAUAACAACACAAAGUCAUCUUAUUAAAAUAAGAAUAAAGUUGACUCACAUUCAGAGCAGGCUUUAGCUGCAGCUUCGGUUUCAUUUGCAGGAAAAUGUAGACAAGGGAAGUGAUGUCUCAGACGUACAACAUGUGGCCUACAUCCUUUGUUAUGGAUGAGGCUGCAUAUGAACAGCAGGAUGAAGAGUAGGUCAAAAGAAAUCCAAAAGAGAGAUUCAAAAGAGGAAGAUGGCUGUGUGCCCAGCCCUUUUAUAUGGCUUCACUUGGGUCACACCUAUCUACCUGGUCACACACAGAGGAGUGGCUCCCAACAGGUAUUGCAGGAAGUCCUCCCUUUUUGGAGCCACCUUCCUCUGUGUGUCCAUUCUAGGAAACAAGGAAUGUUGGACUUGACUGCUCUACAGUGGUGCCUCGCAAGACGAAAUUAAUUCGUUCUGCGAGUUUUUUCGUCUUGCGAAUUUUUCAUCUUGCGAAGCACGGUUUCCCAUAGGAAUGCAUUGAAAAUCAAUUAAUGCGUUCCUAUGGUCAAAAAAAAGUCCAAACAAAGCCAAAUUUGGUACAAAAAGAGUUUAUUAAGUGCUCUUUAAAGUCACACAUACUGUAAAGAGCAUUUCAAAAAUUGAAGGAACAAUAAUUUAAGUUUCUAAACAUGACAGAAAAGCAUUUAAAAAUCACCAAAGUGUACUGUACAUACAUUUUCUAAGAUUCUGGGGGGACAACUCGAAGAAGGUUCCUCUUCCACUCUUUGCUUCUUGCUGAAGAACCUGUCCAUGGUCUGCUGCUUCAUCCGCCUUUUCAGCACCUCCCUGAAAGACAACAUGACCCUCGUAUCAAAAGUGUUCGCAAGGUCACAUGUCAGGUCCUUGUCAGGGUGGUGCCACUGUGCAAAAGCCUGCACAUCUUUCCACUUCUGGCAAAUGUCCCUCAGUUCUUUGGAGGACAGCUGUUCCUCAGUUGCUUCCUCCUCUUCCAGCGAGGCCUGCUCCUGCGCAGCCUCUGCCUGCAGUUCGACCAGCUCCUGGGUGGUCAGCUCGUGGUCGUGCUCCUCCACCAGCUCGCUGACGUCCUCCUCUGUGACCUACAGGCCCAUGGUCCUCCCCAAGGAAACAAUGUCCUGCACCACUGUUGACUCUGGUGCAUCAGAGUCACUUGGUGCCCCAUGGCAGCACAGCUCCUACCUUCGCAACCCCCCCCAAAAAAAUAAUCAGUGCUUCACAUCCAAAAAAUUCAAAAGCACCAAACCUCCCAGAAAACACACAAGCUUCCAGAUUCUUGCAAACCCCUUCUCAACAAUUCCCUGACCCCCCCAGCCACCCACCACACAGAAAUCCAAACCCAGAAAUCUUUUUUUUAACAACAGCAGAGUGCCCCAAUGGUCACAAAAAUCAUAAAAUGCAGAAAAAACACACACAAGCUUCCAGAUUCUUGCAAACCCCUCCCCAACACCAAGUCCUUGAAUUCCAAACACCCCAACACAAAAUCCAAAACCCCCCAAAAAAGUUUUAAAAGUUUGACUUACCAAAUGGCUGCAAAAGAAGUUUUGGAAAAGCUUCAAAAAUCACCAAAGUCUUCAAAAACCUCAAAAAAGGCUACCACACCGCGUGCUAUGAGUUGCUCCUCGAAGUCAAGUCGCAACUGCACCUCUUCAAGCAAUGCAACCUGGGUAUUAACGGUUUUAAGAAAAAGGAAACAAACUUGCAAGACGUUUUCGUCUUGCGAAGCAAGCCCAUAGGGAAAUUCGUCUUGCGAAGCAACUCAAAAAACGAAAAACUCUUUCUUCUUCUGAGUUUUUCGUCUUGUGAGGCAUUCGUCUUGCGAGGUACCACUGUAUGUCUAUACCCGACAUUUCCAAGGAAGGUACCUGCUACCUUUUGGACUCGGUUCUCUUUUGACUCUUCCUCAAGCUACUGCAUCUCUGAGUGAUGAUAGAGCUGCUUUUUAAAACAAAAAAACUUUGCUGACCAGAAAUUUACACAAACCGAUAGAUAUGGGCUGCAUUGUAGCGGAUCCCAAACGCCCCUCCUCCGGCCAUGAAUCAGAUGAAAAUUGGUGAGAGUCUUGGAGGAUGACUUACGGUAAUUCAUUUUAUGCCUGUUGUAGCUGUUGUAAUACACUGUGCCGGAUGUCGCAAGAUUUGUAGGUGUGUGUUUUUUUCUCAGACAGGCCUCAGACCCCCUAAAUGAAGCUCAUGGGCAGCCAGCUGCUCAGGGACCACAGCUUGAUAACUCCUGCUCUGUUGGAUAAUGUCAAAGCAGAGUCAUCCAGCACUGCCGUUUGAAUUUUUGUACAAACUCACUCUAUUUGAUUCUCCAGCUGCAGGUGAAAGCCUCCUAUUUGACAGGAGGAGGCUGUUGCAAGUGUUUCACCUUCAAACCACCUUCUCAUUCUCUUUCUUGAUCAGGAAUAUAUACGGAGCCCUCAAUUUCAGUGAUUCCCAGUCCUAAUGUCGCCCUUGGAGGGCAUUUCUACAUCAGCUGUGGGAGUCCUCAUUAUAAAGCCACCUUUCAGCUCUUCAAGGGAGAGUCUGUUGUGUAUGAGCGAUCUGAGACAUCUACAGCUUAUACAGUGGAUUUUUUUCAUUUCUGAGGCCAAACUAGAACAUGGAGGAAUUUAUCAGUGUAGGUAUUGCUUCUAUCGCACAUGCUCGCGUCUAAGUGACAGACUUUACAUCAACGUAACAGGUGAGGGCUUGGCUUAGUCUCUGUGUGACAGUUUUACAAAUGACGCUAAAAUGGGUGUUGGGUUUAUUCCAUCUGCCAGUCAAAUGGGGGGAAAGUGCACUGAUUGAACUAUAUAACUGAACUGAUCAAAAUAUUUACCUAUCAAAAGGGAUUCUUUAUCUCCAUUUCUAUUUAAUCAUUAGUAUUUUGUUCCAGAUUAAAAUGCAUUCUCUGUAACCAAAGUCGUAAUGGAAUGCAGAUGGUGUAGCACACUAUAUAACCCCCUGCUCUGUACUCUAUUUGUCACACACCCAGGUCCUAGUCAACCAACAAGGCAAUGGACGUUACUAUACACCCUGAAGCCUACAAUGGAGGGUCCACAGCAAUCCUACCCCAAUAGGUUCUGUCCCUCUCCCAGGGCAUCUCUGCUGUGCAGCUUGCCUUCCCUGACAAGGCUCACAUCCCACCUGUGUUCUCUGCCAACAAAUCUCCCGAGUAAUGGCAUAAAUGCAUCCUAUCAAUAUUCACACUCUGAAUAGCAUAUGGUUUUCUAUGCUCCCCAAUAGCAUUUUACAAAGCCAGACUAUUGUGUAAGAUUAAAGGAUUAAGCAUCCCUCUUUUUCUCUUUCUCCCCCUGGAUAAGCUUUUCCCAAACCUUCCAUCUCAGUGAUCCCAGGUGAGGUGAUUGCUCUGGAAGGAAAUGCCAACAUCCACUGUAAGACCGAAAAACAGCAAGAAGCAGAGUUUACUCUACACAUUAAAAAUUCUUCAAAUACUUAUGAAAGCAAGAAGAUGGGAUCAGGAGAAGUUCUAUUUCCUAUUAUCAAUGCCAAAGAAUCAGAUGGGGGCAUCUAUCACUGUAGCUAUUGCUUAAAGCUCGAGAACACUCAAGAAUGCUCAAACUACAGUGAUGAAGUACACAUCAAAGUAACGGGUAAGAUCCUGUCUUAAUCCUUGUAUGCAUCUUUUGCAAAUUGCACCAAUACAGGUUUUAAUUUGCUGCAAUUGUAAAUGAAAUUGGAAACGUGUGCUGGCUCCACCAUUCAAAUGAUAGCAUUUCUCAGCAAUUAAGUCUUUUUUAAUUAAGGUAUGUACAUUGUUGCUGUUUUUUUUUUAAAAAAAGUAUAAUGUUAUUUCAAAUUUAAUAGACUAGACCAUAAUGUAAACAUAACUUUUACAUGCACUGGGAAACAAACAAAUAAAUGUGCAAUUGACUUUACUGUGAUAUUUGCUUUAUUGCGGUGGUCUGGAACCAAACCCACAACAUAUCUCUGAGAUAUGCCUGUAUUAUAGUAGCAGAAUGAGGCUGGCUGAGUAGGAGAUGAAUUGACUGACAUGGUCAUUAGCAGGAGAUAUUCCUUGAUUACCGUCAACAUUGCUACUCCCUGCCUCCCCUUUUAUUCCAACAUGUAGAUCCCAGCCUCUCCAAACCAUCCAUCAGAAUGAGACCUGGGGACCCACGUUAUCCCUCUUUGAUAUUCUGAAGUAUCGGGGGUGGCUAACCCACAGUAUGUGGAUUAUAUCCAGUCCCACUAAACUUUUUCAUUUACCAUAUUUUUCGCUCUGUAAGACGCACCAGACCACAAGAGGCACCUAGUUUUUGGAGGAGGAAAACAAGAAAAAAAUAUUCUGAAUCUCAGAAGCCAGAACAGCAAGAGGGAUCGCUGCGCAGUGAAAGCAGCAAUCUCUCUUGCUGUUCUGGCUUCUGGGAUAGCUGUGCAGCCUGCAUUCGCUCCAUAAGAUGCACACACAUUUCCCCUUACUUUUUAGGAGAGAAAAAGUGAGUGUUAUAGAGCAAAAAAUACGGUACUUAAUAUCCUGCCCUUCCACCUUCCUCUGCUGCCACCAUCUCCACCAGUAGCUUCAGACUCAGGCUCAGGUUCCUCCAGGUCCUCUUCUUGAGUUCCUCAUUGCAAGUCCUCACAAUCUGCCAAUGCAUUCCCAACUGACCCCCCCAGGCAGUGCUGAACCUGACCUUCUGCUCUCUUCAGCCAGGACCAUCCAACCAAUCCAUUGGUGGAUGAAAUUUCAAGCCCACAUUAUGGACCAGUAAUUCUGAACGGAACACCCAGCAAGUGACCAAUCACAAACUGACCACUUUUGGAUGCUCCUGCAUUUUCAUAAAAACUGAAACGCAACAUGUAUCCCUGCCAUCUUAUUAGUAGAGCUGUUAGUUGGUCCACUGCUUGCAGACUUAGUAUGCUUUGUAUCAUCUCUCUGACUCUAGUCAGAAGGAAAAGGCAAGUGGAGUAGAUUAGAAGACUGCUUCCACUGGCAGGUAGAUCCCGCAGGCUGUUCUUAUGUUCUUAGAAAUCAGAAGUAAGUCUCACUGGACUCGAUGGGGCUAAGUAUGCUGAGGGCUGGAAGUUAGAAAGUCAAUUUGGAGGGAUGGGAGGAACUCGACGACUCGAGAGAGUCAAAAUAUAGGUGAUGAAAAGAAAUGUAAAAAAAUAUGGUGUUUUUUGAAAAUGAAAAUGUUAAUAAAUAAUAUUAUUAUUAUUAUUUUAAAAGUAUGCUGAGGGCCACAGCCUUGGAGUAAUCUCCCUCCCCACCCUGCCUUCACAACCAACAAUUGAGUAGUAACUCUUCUCUGUCUCACUCUGCAGCAAACACUUUUACAUCCAUGGAGAUCAACAUCCGCCUGGGAGUUGCUGGCUUGGUCCUGCUUUCCUUGGUGCUGAUCGUGGCUGAGUUUCUGUACGGCAGGCAAGGCUGA